GGUGACAGUAUAUAUUCCACUAAGAAUAGCAAGUCUAUUCAUCAGUCUUGGGGCAUCAGACAUCAUAAGGAUGGCUCUUAGAUGGAUGAAACCAUGGCUUGCUCUCUGUUUUGGAUUAUAUGCUGCACAGAAAGGAGUUCUCUCCUCUGACAGUGGACAUGUAUGCAGCACAUGGGGGUACUACCACUUCAAGACCUUUGAUGGAGAUUUCUUCCAGCUUCCCUCCUCUUGUAACUAUGUCCUGACAUCCCUGUGUAAGGGCGAUUAUGAGGAGUUCUACAUCCAGCUACAGCGUGGUGAAGUAAAUGAUCAUCCCAUCAUUAAAAAGGUCACCAUUAAGCUGGAAGGGACAUUGGUGGAGCUGUCCAACAACUCAGUCAGUGUGGAUGCGAAAAGAGUCACCAUUCCAUUUAGUCAGUCUGGACUGUUGAUUGUCAAGGCACAAUCUUACAUCAAGAUCACGGCAAAGUUAGGUUUUGUCGUCAUGUGGAAUGAAGAUGAUGCCCUCUGGGUUGAAAUGAACACCAAAUUCAGGAAUCAGACUUGUGGACUGUGUGGUGACUUCAAUGGGGUUCAAACCAAUGAAAUGGUCCCAGACAAUGAUAACCGUCCAAACCUUGAAUUUUAUGGUAAAAAGUGGAACACAGACAGCUUCAAGGAAACCUGCAAGGAAGACUCUCCUCUGUCUCAACUUAAAUGUGAAAAUCAGACAGGACAAUGCGAGCACCUGCUGUCGGAUCCUGCCUUCAACAGCUGCAAAGACGUGAUAGACACAAAGUCCUUUAUCAAGGCCUGUGAGAUGGAUUUGUGCUACUGUACCAGUAGAAAUGUCUCUUGUCAGUGUCUAACCAUGUCCGAGUACUCCCGCCAGUGUGCCCAUACAGGGGGAAAACCCCCAAACUGGAAGACUGCACAGCUCUGCCCAAAAAAAUGUCCUCUGAACUUGGAGUACCAGGAAUGUGGCAAUGCCUGCACUGACACCUGCAGUAACCAACACAGACACAACUUGUGUGAAGACCAUUGCAUUGAUGGCUGCUUUUGUCCUGCUGGAACGGUCUAUGAUGAUAUUACUCAGCAUGGCUGUGUUCCUGUAAACCUGUGCUCCUGCCUCCACAAUGGAAAGUCUUACAGUCCUGGAGAAUCCUACUCAAGAACUUGCCAAAAAUUUACCUGCGCUAACGGCAAGUGGAGUCGUGAAUAUCUGGACUGUCCAGGCACCUGCUCUAUAAAGGGAGGUUCUCACAUCACCACCUAUGAUGGCAAAGACUACACUUUUCAUGGAGACUGCUCUUAUGUUCUGUCAAAGCAAACCAAGGGCCAGGAUUUCACCGUCCUUGGUGACAUAGUAAAAUGUGGAAAGUCUAACAUUGAAACUUGCCUGAAGUCAGUAACUUUGGUUACACAAGGGGAUAUGACGGUUUUGAUUGAAGAAAGUGGAGUCUUUGUCAAUAAAGUUUUUUCUCCAAUGCCUCUUUGGAUAGCUAAUUUAACAAUCUUCAAGCCCUCUACAUUCUACAUUGUCGUGCAGACAAACUAUGGGCUUCGUUUUAAGGUUCAAUUAGUACCAUUGAUGCAGGUCUAUAUCACAGCUGAUGUUUCCCACAAAGGGAAAAUGAAGGGCCUUUGUGGAGAUUUUAAUGACGUUGAGGCCGAUGAUUUCAAAAUAAUACAUGGAAUGAUUGAGGGGACUGCUGUGACUUUUGCUAACACUUGGAAGACCGAAACAAGCUGCCCUGAUGUGACCAAUGUGUUUCAUAUUCCUUGCACCAUGAGUUCUGAAAAAGAAAAGUAUGCCAAACACUGGUGUUCCAUGCUGUCAAAAAAAAACGGAAUAUUCUCUGAAUGUCAUUCUCAAGUAAAUCCAGAGAGUUAUGAGGAAUACUGCAUGUACGACAGCUGUACCUGUGAAAAGAGUGAGGACUGCAUGUGUGCAGCGGUCUCCUCCUAUGUCCAUGCGUGUGCUGCGGCCGGUGUCAUCCUACAAGGAUGGAGAAACACCACCUGUGGUGGUUACACAUCACACUGCCCGGGAACUAUGGUAUAUGACUACAGCAUGACAAGCUGCGGUCGCACCUGUCGAUCACUCAGCCAAACCGAUGCAGCAUGUGAGGUAGACUUUGUGCCUGUGGAUGGGUGUGGCUGUGCCGAAGGAACUUAUUUAAACGAAAAGGGAAAUUGUGUCCCUGCCUCAGAGUGCCCCUGCUACUAUAGAGAAAAAACACUGUCCCCUGGGCAGAGACUCGAUACUUAUGAGGCUACUUGCUUUUGUCACAAUGGUAAAUUAAGCUGUACAGGAACAACAAAACAAAUAUCAUGCAGCAAACCAAAGGUGUUCUUCAACUGCACAAGGUCUAGAAUCAAUGAAAAGGGCUCAGAAUGCCAGGAGAGCUGUCAAACACAAACAGAAUGUGUCAGUAAAGAAUGCAUCUCAGGCUGUGUGUGUCCUGAAGGCCUGUUGUCUGACGGUAACGGUGGCUGCACUGAGGAGGAACACUGUCCCUGUUCACACAACGGGGUCGUUUAUCAGCCUGGAAACGUAAUCCAAGAGGACUGCAAUGUCUGUGUUUGCAUGGGAAGAAACUGGCAAUGUUCGAAAAAUGAGUGUAGCGCGACCUGUUCCAUUUAUGGGGAUGGACAUUACAUCACUUUCGAUGGCAGGAGUUUCUCUUACGAUGGCAAUUGUGAAUAUACACUUCUACAGGACAUGUGCAGCAACAAUGCAAACGGAACCUUUAGCGUGACUACACAGAACAUACCUUGCGGAACCACUGGUACAACCUGUUCCACCGCUAUCAAGCUCUUCUUAGGGAACAAAGAGUUAUUUUUCUCAGAGGAAAAUAUUCAAGUCCUCAAACAAAACAGUGGAACAGAUGUUUCCUAUAAGGUCCACACUAUUGGUUUAUUCUUGGUUGUUGAAAUUAGCAAUGGACUGAUCCUCAUAUGGGACAAGAAGACAACUCUGUUCAUUAAAAUUGCCCCCACAUUCAAGGGAAAAGUCUGUGGUCUGUGUGGAAACUAUGAUGGAAAUGCAAAAAAUGACUUCACAACCAGAAAUCAAGCGGUGGUGGUGGACCCUGUUGAGUUUGGAAACAGCUGGAAAGUGUCUCAAAGUUGCCCUAAUGCAGUUACUGUAAAAGACCCUUGUACUUCACAACCACAUCGAAAGGCUUGGGCUUUGAAACACUGCAGCAUCAUUAAUAGUGAUGUAUUUAAACCCUGCCACUCACAGGUGAAUCCUACAGAGUACUACAAGGCCUGCGAGAGAUACUCAUUCUGUCAUGUUUUGAGAAACAGGAACACAGCCGACGGUACAUACAUCAGCAGUAACAACUCCGACAGUUACAACUCGGACAGUUACAACUCCGACAGUUACAACUCCGACAGUUACAACUGCUCAGACAACACUCGAGACAACAACCACCUUAACAUCUACAACUGUGCCAACAACAACUAG